GAAUUGAUGGCACGUCUUUACACCUGUCCUCGUGACGUCAUUCGCCUAUUUCUAGACCACAGAUUACGGUCAUUUGAAACAGCUCUGAACUCUUUCUAUUUAUUUGCUAAAAUCAAGAUAUCCAUCAAUGUUAAUUGUCACGCGAACCCUUGACCGAAAAGAGACGUUUUUUCCAUAUUUAUUUCCACGCAGGUGAAUUUUGUUUUCAUUUUUUUGUUUAUUUCUCKUUCUUUCAUAUCGAUGAGCUAGAUUGUGGAGGUUUGUAACUUUUAGUGCACGUCAUUGUUCUAUCGGUGUGUGGAUUGUUUGGCUCGGCCCACACAAAGAAAUACACUUCAUACCUAGUAGGGGGCAGGGGUUCAUCAUAUGUCGAGAUGGAAUGUGAAAACGUACAUCACUGUAUACCUUUGAGAGGGCAAUACAUGAACUAGCCUGUCACUUUUCCAAGGAAUAUUUAUGGUAUGUAUAGACAUGUAUGGCUUUAACAUACGUUUGAAUGCAUACAAGGCAUCARUCACCAUUAAUAAUGCAUUAAAUCUAUUGAAAACUGUCUUUAAAAACAGUAAAUCCUUACUUCAGUUUAGGAAGUAAGUACCUAGAGACGUCGGAGCCAAACAAACAAGCCUUUUUCAAAGAGGACUUACUUCGCGUCUAUGAAGGAUUGUCCACAAGACAAGAGCUCGUAUAAACGCAUUCAUCGUGAAACUUCAAAUCUGUAUGCAUAUCAAGUAAAGAUGACAUCCUUAAAAAUACUCUUCAGCCUCGUCGUUGUCAUGCUAAACUGUUCAAGAUGCUUUUCUUUUCCGCAUCCAAGCUCUAACGAUUUAUCUAUUUAUACAAUGGAUAUCAAAGAGCCACUUGGUAACUCAUACCAGGAAAUCGUCGGAAUCGACUCUUUGCGGCAAUUAGAGUUCUUUGGUGUUCCCACCUACGGCAGGAUCGACGGAGCUGAAUUCUUACUGGAUUUUAAAAAGAAUAUAACAAUGGCCAGGAUUCCACGACUAAAAGCUUGUUUUAUGGCUAAUGGUAUCGACAGCGACUUACCAAGUCCACGAAAACUACAAGAGACAUUUCAAGAGCCUUCAAUAAAGCUUGACACCAUAAAAACAAAGCAAACAAAGUGGAGAAAAACUGGAGCUUUCACCAGAAGAAGAGUACUGAAUCCCAAAAUGCGAAAAUUGUGUGACGGAUAUCCUAUAUAUCGAGUUGUAAAAGACACAUCGAAUCUUACAGGUCCUAUAAAACGCCAAGACAAAGCAUGUCACAGUCAAGUUUGCCACGACGUUAAUAAAUGUUACCAAACGUGUUAUAAAUGUCAAUAUGUUUGCAGAAAAGUAAGAUAUUGUUAUAAAGUCAGAUGUUAAGGAAUGUAUUAUGAUAUAUCAAUAAAAUUGUGACAAAACAACUGA